AUGGCGAAGCUCGACUUCUUCCGACGCGUCCCCGACGACCUCGAGGUCCCGACGGCCAGCGGGAGCGUCUUCUCGCUCGUGUCGUUCGUCGCCAUGGGGUUCCUCCUGCUCACCCACUGGAGCGCCUACACCGCGGCCAGGACCAAGACCGCCGUCGUGCUGGACGAGCACCAAGAAGACCGACUCCGGGUCAACUUCAACGUGAGUCUCGUCAACGUGCCGUGCGCCGUGGCCAGCGUGGACCUGGAAGACUUUAUGGGGCAGCGGUUCACCAACUUGACGCGCCACAUUCGCCACUUUGGGCUGGUGACGGACGCGGAGACGAUGCGGGUGCAUCGCAUGGACGAGGUCGUGGUGGACAACCACGAGAAGGGGAUCCCGGUCUGGGGCGGAGUCCAUCGCGAGCCACCAGCACUGGACGGCGGCAACGUCCGCUACUCGACGCCAUUGACGAGCAAGACCUUUGACGAGUUCAUGGCCAAGUACGAGCUCGUGCUCGUCAAUUUCUAUGCUCCCUGGUGUGUCUUUAGCCACCGCCUUCAUCCUGAGUGGGAGCGAGCGGCGGCCGAGCUGCCGGACCAUCCAGAGUACAGCGAAAUGGUGCGGAUGGCGUCCGUGGAUUGUACGGACCCGGACGCGAUUUGGCUCUGUCGGCGCGCGCACAUUCGCGCGUUUCCGUCGAUGCUCAUCUACGUAUACGGCAGCACGUCGACACGCUACGUCUACAACGGACCACGGCGGACCGAGCACUUGCUGCAGUUCUUGGACUUGUUCUUCCGUCGUCUUGAGCCGGAUGCGGACUUUGCGGAAGAAGUGAACGUGAACAACGACCCGCUUGGUCUGCCGCUGCCUGUGCGCGUGAACGAAGGGAACUUGGACGCGGUAGACUUUGCAAAGCGCCGCCCGUCGAAGGCCGUGCAGACUUUUGAAGGGUGCGAGAUUGUGGGCAGCAUCAGUGUCAAUCGCGUUCCUGGCGUGCUGGCGUUCACGGUGCGCUCCGAUGAUAUGACGUUGGAUGCACGGUCCAUCGAUGUUUCUCACGUCGUGAACCACUUUUCGUUUGGUCAAGUGCGACGGACAGAGCACCUCUUUGUUGGCGGUAACAACGUGUUGGCAGCUCCAUCGAACCGCUAUCCGCUUGACAAGAAGUUGUUUGCCGUUGAACGCGUGAACAUCUCGGUGGAGCACUUUUUGAACGUGGUGGGUUUCGACAGCCACGUUAACUCCGGAGCGACGCACCUGCAGCAGCGUUCGUACGAGUUCUCGGCAACGUCCACACAAUCUGUUGAUAAGCAGCCGAGCGCGCUCUUUCGGUUUGACAUAUCUCCGUUGGUCAUUCAGGUCACCGCUGACGACACUCCGUUUUAUCACUUUAUCACACACUUGUGCGCAGUGAUAGGGGGCGUGUUCACGAUUCUUGGUCUCGUGGACUCGGGGGUCUUCCAUGCUAUGAACUCCAUCAAGAAGAAGCAGCAGAUUGGGAAGCUGUCGUAG